CGCGCUAAUGCGUGGUGUUUUUUUCCUGCUCACACAAUCCCUUUGUAGAAUCUUCGCGCUCUCUCCGAAGGAGAGCGCCGGGAGAAAUUCCUCCGUCCGUGCCGACGAUUAGCUCCCCGUUUUUUCUCACUGAAAACCUAGUUUCUGCUUUUUCAAGCCCCUAAUCGCUUUGGAUUUUGUCUCCCAACUUAGCGGCUAUUGUCGAUUCUUCCUCUCUGUCGUUGGCUCACUUGUUUCUCCGACAGAAUGACGGUCGUCGGCUUAUAGGGUUUUGUUCUAAUACAUUUCUAGUCAGUGAGGGCUCUCUGCUUUAGAAUUUUAUUGAGGUUUUCUAUAUUACAGAUAUGGCUAUCAGGGUUACCGUCUCCUUCUCGAGUUAUGUCGCUCAAAACCUUGCAACAUCUGCCUCAAUACGUGUCGGUAAUUGUCGCGCCGUUCACGAAUGCUGGCUCCGAUCUCGAAUUUUUGGCUCGAAUCAGAAGCCGGAAUUUGACCCUUCCGGUUCGGUGCGCAAUUACCGCUCCGACGUUCCUCCGUCUAAUUCGAAAUGUUGGGUUAAGAAUUCGGCAUCGGCGUUUGGCACUAUCGCCGGAGAAAUUGUUGGUGAAAGCUGCAAAAGCCCCAUUGUUCUAGGUUUGAUCUCGAUUAUGAAGUCAACUGUAGGUACUUCCGCUUCCUCGCCAAUGGCCAUGGGCGUAUUUGGCGUUUCUUCCUUUAGAGCCGCUUCGAUUAUCCCAUUUUUACAGGGGUCGAAGUGGCUACCAUGUAAUGAAUCGAUUCCAGCCUUAGCAAGCGGUGAAUUAGAAAGUUAUGGAGUUUUUGACAGCGUCAUGGACGAGGGCAUUAGCCAGCCCCCCAAUCCUCCGCGGUUAGAGAAGAGCAGCUGGAUAUCGCGCUUCUUGAAUAACUGUUCGGAGGAUGCGAAGGCCAUCGCUACAGCGUUUACUGUUAGUGUGCUUUUCCGCUCCUUCUUGGCUGAGCCAAGGUCUAUACCUUCUUCAUCAAUGUAUCCCACCCUUGAUGUGGGCGAUCGUAUCUUGGCUGAAAAGGUGUCAUAUUUUUUCAGAAAGCCGAGUGUUUCCGAUGUUGUCAUAUUUAAGGCACCUCCAAUUUUGCAGGAAAUUGGUUAUAAGUCAAGUGAUGUAUUCAUCAAGAGAAUUGUGGCAAAGGCUGGUGAUUGUGUUGAGGUUCGGGAUGGAAAACUUUUGGUAAAUGGUGUUGCUCAAAAUGAGAAGUUUAUCUUGGAGCCACUUUCUUAUAACAUGGAUCCAGUGCUUGUACCUGAAGGCUAUGUUUUCGUCAUGGGAGACAAUCGCAACAACAGUUUUGAUUCUCAUAACUGGGGUCCACUUCCUGUCGAAAACAUUGUUGGUAGAUCAGUAUUCCGAUACUGGCCACCGUCGAAAGUUUCUGAUACUGCGAGUGAGCAAAAUUCAGGGAAAGAUGUGGUAGUUUCGUGACGCUUCACCAUCUGCUAUCUUUUUGCAGAGAUAGAAUCUUUAUAACAUUUUGAUAUUGAUUCUCAAAUUACCCGUCCAUUUUUUUUUUCUUCUAUUGUUUUUUGUUUGGCCAAGUGCUGAGAGCCAAAUUAUAACUUUGGAUGGGAACUACAUUCAUCUGUAAAUUAUCUUUGGUUGAAAACCGUAGCCGCCUUUGUGUUUAGAUUUCAGUUGAUGACAGAUCCACAUUGGUGUGGGUAAAGAAUUGAUAUGAAGAUGAGAGCGUUUAUUUAUAUUGUUUCCUUGAGAUUCAUUUGCCCACUUUGUAUAUAUAAUUGUGAAGUAGAUGGAUUCGUGUAUGUAUUGAAAAUG